UGUGAAUUGCCAUUAUACUACGCUUGGCCAUGGCCGCUCCGAUCAGCCUUUUAUCGCUCUCUCUUCUUCUUACCCUCUGUGUCCUCUGCAAAGCCACGGCCCCUGGCCUCAUUCUCACACUGGUUAACAACUGCCCAUACACCGUCUGGCCGGCCAUCCAACCAAACGCCGGCCACCCCGUUCUCGAGCGCGGCGGCUUUGCUCUCAACACCCUCACUCACCGCUCCUUCCCCGCGCCUAACGCCCACUGGUCGGGCCGCAUCUGGGCCCGCACGGGCUGCACGUACGCCCACCCCCACUUCAUCUGCGCCACCGGCGACUGCGGCGGCCGCUUGGAGUGCAACGGAGCCGGCGGCGCCACUCCCGCCACGUUAGCCCAGUUCGUGCUCCACCACGGCCACGCCGACUUCUCGUCCUACGGCGUCAGCCUCGUGGACGGGUUCAACGUCCCCAUGACGGUGACCCCACACGAAGGCAAGGGCAAGUGCCCCGUCGUGGGGUGCCGGGCUAAUCUUCUGGACACGUGUCCCGCAGGCCUCCAGGUCCGCUCCCACGGGGGGCACGGCCCAGUUGUUGCGUGCAAGAGCGGGUGCGAGGCCUUCAAGACGGACGAGCUCUGCUGCACUAACCACUACAAUAACCCGCAGACCUGCAAGGCGUCGACCUACUCCGAGUUCUUCAAGCACGCUUGUCCCGCUACUUUCACUUACGCCCACGACACCCCGUCGCUGAUGCACGAGUGCUCGGCGCCGCGUGAGCUCAAAGUCAUUUUCUGUCACUGAGCUAAAUGACCCAAGGAAUAAUGAUGUCUUCAUAGUCCUCAAUGGUCUGUAACCCAGCGCAUAUGCAUAUCGUUUCCUAGCUUUUUCUUAAUCUCUAGCAUGUCCUUUCUUUUCCAAGUAGAUAACGUCGUAGUCUUUAAGAUCUGUGAUGUAUGGGUUCGCAUUGUGAGGCUUCAAUAACGUUGAAGUUCAAGUUAUGUACUUAUGUCUGCUUUGGUGACCUCUAAAAAUGGAACAAGUUUAAUUACCUUGUUUAAUCAUGCUUAA